UAUGCUGUGUGAAAGAGAAAUAUAGAAGAAAGAUAGCUUUCUAGUGUCCUUUAAGUCAUUUUACGCCAUUUUUAGUGGUUGAGCUCUUGCUAGAAUGACUGAACGGUCAGUCGGGGUUAAAAGUGAAGCUGGAGAAGGUCCAGUGAGCAGCUGUGUUGAAGAGAGAGAGACACAAGGAGAAAGAGAGUUCUUCACUGUGGACCAGAACCCCAAAAUGGAGACUAUCACCAUGUCAAAAGCAACCUAUGUUGCUCAUAAGAGUCCAGGAGAGAAGAUGCAGGGCACCAGAAGAGAGUUCCUGCAAAAACAUUUUUCCCAGAUGAUGAGAGAAAAGCUUAAUGCUGAACUCAACCAACCAAUAUCCAAAACAGACUACCAGUCCACAACCCAGAGGGAUUUCUGUAUGCAAGGUUUUGUGCCCUGCAGACCACCUGCAACACAAGGUGUGACAGCUACCCAGAACCUGAACGCACCAUUUGGGAGAUCAGCCAAGUUCAGCACACCCAUCCGCCAACGACUGGAUGACCCUGAGCUCCCACCUGACAACUAG